GAAGUACGGCCUUCAUGACACUUGGUGCCGCCGGUUCGAUAGCCGCUACUGGGGUGGCUACAUCCGUUGCUCUUCGUACAAUUUGGUUGGAAGAAUGUGAAAAAAAUCUACGUCAUGUUCAAGUAAUUGAUAAAGAAAUAGGAAAUAUUAUCAACGUUGUUCAAGGUUUUGGAAUGUGGUGGAACGUAAUGUUGCAAAAUGUGCAAGCGUCCAAAGAAAUAACUGAAAAUAAGAUCAAGGCUCAGAUGGAUCGAAAAAAAAUUAAAUUGAACAAAAUCAUUGCGGGAAAUAUGAAGAAGGACUGGGUCGAAUUGGAAUCUCGAUUUGAAAACUAUUGCACGGAGAUCAACAAUUUGAUCAUUUA